AUGGACUUCGGAGAGUUCGCCGGCGGAGAAAUGUCGACAGAUGAUCUGCUCAAUUCUUACCUCCAAAACGAUAAUAUCGACAUCUUCAACGACAACAGCGUUGUCAAUCUCAUGACCGCCGCCGUCACCGCCGGCACCAGCGGCGGCGGCGGGGUUUUAUCUCUGCCCCCGCCUCCGCCGCCGCCGCCGGUCCAUUCUGCGCCGCUCCCUCUCCCUCCUCCUCCUCCUCCGAUGAUGGAGAAUUUCGUCGGGAUGAGCUACGCCGGAGAGAAUUUCAGCCUUGGCAACCACUUCGACCCCUCCGCCUCCUCCUCCGCCGCCGCCGCCGUAUUUUGUGACGAUUCGAACGACAACGCCGCCGAUACCAGAUCCUCGAAACGGAAAAAAUAUAAUCGUCAUACGGGCAUCCAAAUCCAGGAAUUGGAAGCGGCUUUCAAGGAAAAUCCCCACCCCGACGAGAAAACGAGGAUCGAACUUGGCCAGAGAUUAAGCCUGGAAGUUCGUCAGGUCAAGUUUUGGUUUCAGAACAGAAGAACACAGAUGAAGACACAGAUAGAGCGCCAUGAAAAUUCAAUUCUGAAGCAGGAGAACGACAAGCUCCGCCUGGAGAAUCUAGCGAUGAAGGAAGCCAUGAGAAAUCCGGUCUGCCAGACCUGCGGCGGUCCGGCGAUUCUCGGCGACGUCCCGGCGGAGCACCACCAGCUUCUGAUCGAAAACGCCCGCCUGAAGGACGAGCUGAGCCGCCUCGGCCUACUCGCCGGAAACUUCUUAAACAAGAGAGGCAGCACCUCCGCCUCCCAAAACUUCAAUUCUCCGGCGGCCGGACUUCUACAGGCGGUGGUUCCGGCGGCCGGAAUUCAACCGGAGAUGGUUCCGGACGGCGGCGUGAACCCUACGCUUCCGCAAUUGCCUCUCGAGUACGGCGACAUUUCUACCGACGAUUACUUUCAAGUCUUCACACCGGAAAUUGGGCCAGCAGCGGCGCCGCCGCCGAAUGUCGCCAGCAAUUUUGACAAAACGUUGUUCUUGGAGCUUGCACUGACCGCCAUGGAUGAGUUAUUGAAGCUGUCCGAAAUGCACAACCUCUGGUAUGAUAGCUUCGAAUUAAACGGCGAAACCUUAAACAUCGACGAAUAUGUUAAGGCAUUCACCCCCUGCAUCGGCGCGAAGCCGGGGCAUUUUGUGACGGAUGGGACGAGAGGCACGUGUAUGUCGAUCUUCAAAGGCAGCGUGAUUGCGAAGACUUUGAUGGACUUGAAGCAAUGGACUCAAAUGUUUCCUUGUACUAUCGGGACAAACUCGGUUUUGGAUGUGAUCUCCCAUGGAAAUGGGGGCAACCUAGACGGCGCGCUGCAAUUGAUUCAAGCUGAGUUUCAGGCGCUUUCGCCGAUGAUUCCUUUGCGACCAAUGAAGUUUAUUCGAUUCUGUAAGAGAUACCGAACUGACACAUGGGCAAUCGUCGAUGUCUCCGUGGAUACAUUGUUUCAUGACAUGAGAGGAAACACGGCUCUCGUUUGUCGAAGGCUCCCUUCGGGCUGCAUCGUGCAAGAUAUGCCAGAUGGCGAUUCUAAGGUAACCUGGAUCGAGCACACAGAAUACGACGAGGGGAUCAUCCAUCAUUUAUUUCGACCGUUUGUCCGGUCAGGACUGGCCUUCGGCGCGCAAAAAUGGGUGUCUUAUCUCCAACGGCAAUGCGAACAAUUCAACGCCCUCAUGUUCCCUAUCGAAACUCCCCCAGCGUUCCCAGCAGACGGAAAAAAGAACAUCAUCAAGCUGGCACAGCGCAUUGUCCGAAGCUUCUCCACGAGCGUCUGUGCCACCGGACAUCCGUGGGAAGUGAUCGAAAUCUCGGACAGCGUCAAGCUGCUUGCUCGAGCGAGCCACGGGAUCGACGGAGACCCACUAGGCGUAAUCGUCUCCGCAACGACGACGGUUUGGCUACCCGUCGUGAACGAAACGCUCCUCGAGUUCUUACUAAAGGAAGAAACUCGCGAGCAAUGGGACGUGCUAGCGCAAGACGGCCCAAUGGAGCGGAUCUUCCAAUUCCCGAAGAGCUGCAAGCCCGGGAACUCCCUCGCCCUCCACCGAACUGCAGUCCCCGCCGGCAACCCGAAUCGCAAGGCCAUGGUGGUUUUACAAGACAUGUACACCGACGGGACGGGGUCGGUGAUAGUCCACUCUGCUAUCGAGGAGGAUCGUGUAGUUGAGGUGAUGGCGGGCGCGGAUUCCUCCGCUAUGGGGAUUUUGCCGUCGGGAUUUGCGAUCAUGCCCGAUUGCAUGAACCGUGCGGGGUCCGAUGUGGAGUCGGGUACGUUUAUGACGGUCGGGUUCCAAAUUCUUGUGAACAACGUGCCUACGGGGGUCGUGCCGCCGCAGUCGAUAGCCACCGUGAAGAAUCUCAUUGCACGGACGCUUCAGGGCGUGCGGAACGGGAUUAAUUGCCGUUGA